CCCUCAAUGUAAACAAUCAUUUUUAAAGCCCCAUGUAUCUGACCCGAAAUAAAUUUAGUCAAAGGUUUUUAUUGUGGGAAUUUAAAGCAGGCGGAAACAAACAAAGGUCUUUACAGGAUCUGCUAAUGUUUUAUUUACAAUGUGCAAGGAAGCAUUUCCGUUUCCGUGUUUGUGUUUGUGUGGAGUUUAAAGAUGUAAUAAUUCACACACAAGAAGUCCGACUGGAACUAAUGCGUCACAACCGUCCUUAAUCAUCAUCAUCAUCAUCAUCAUCAUUUUCUUCAUCAUAAUCAGCCUGGUGCUGAGUGUGUCAGUGUCAGCAGUCUGAAAGGGUUCUUGAGACACAUUUCUGGAGACGCAAAUUGAAGUGUGUGUGUGUGGUUCUUCCAGGAAGUGGAUCUGACUGUUCCUUUUGAUCCUGUUUGUCCGGAUUGUUCCUGUUAUUCCGGAGUGUUCCCAGUGUUUUCGGCGUCAUGGAUGCUCCAGUCCACAACUGGCCAUGUUCGUACUACGUUAACGGUGAUAAGCGCUGGGUAAGUGGUCGUCUGUCUCUGACCUCGAGUGCCGUCCGCUUCAGUCCGUCGGCAGGCAGAGACAGCGGUGCGGUUCUCCUGCUCCCGCUGUCCCGUGUCACCCACAUCAACACCGAGUCGUCCUGCUUCAUCUUCAGUGCUGUCACCCUGCAGGAGCGAGACGGACAAAAGCACUGGUUCUCAUCCCUAAAGCCGAGCGCCGGCGCCGUGUUCCACGUCCUGCAGCACUUCUGGAAAGAGACGCUCGCCCUGCACACACACUCCACACACACUCCGCUCAGUCGUGGCCAGAGACUCAUCAGCAUGGUGAGCGACUCCCAACACACACUCUCACACACCGGCCAGGUGCUCAGUCAGCAGGGAGAACAGUUCCACCACAUGAUCCACCAGCUCGACAAGAUGGAGUCCGACCUGGGCGUGGCCGACAGGUUGCUGUCGGAGCUGGAGUCUCCUGCAUGGUGGCCGUUCCGUAAGUUUCCCUGGAACAGGAAAUGCCAACCAGAGCUGGGUAAAGCUGAAGGUAAUGCUUUGCCCGCUGAAGGUGCCACUAGAUCUUCUAAAGAGAUCCUGAGUGUGCCGGUUGUGUUUUACCGCGGUGGUGACAUCAAUGCCUCUGAUGUGAAUUCCGGUGCUCUGGUGUUGCUGGUCUCCUCCCUGGAGGUGCGCGAGGCUAGCGGCCGGCUGGUUCAUCGCUUCCACAAACAAGAAGUGGAUGAGAUCCGUGUGCACGGUGUUUGUGACAUCAGCGUGCGACAGCGCCACAUCGGAAAACCAGAUGUGUGUUUCAGGCUGCUCUCGGCCAAGAUGGCAGAAGUGCUGUGUGUCCUCGAAGUGCAGUACAAGCAGAAGGUGGAGUUUGCCAGGGAUUACUCAGGGUUCCAGGCCACGCCUAGUGAUGACAUCACACCAGGAAGUGUGGCGUUCUGGGGUGCAGGAGAAGACUCAGAUGUUCCUGUACAGCUUCCUGCAGGAGAUCUGAUUCCAGUGCAGCUCCAUGUUCAGCAGAACACAGUGAGCCAGGAGGAGGCGCAGGAGCUCAAACAGAUGCUGCUGCAGUUGAAGUCUCUGGCUCUGGAGGCAGACAGUGAGCUGCAGCGUCAGGACGAAGCCCUAGACGUGCUGGUGUCCUCUAGUGACCACGGCACAGCAACCAUCAGCACACACACACGCAGGAUCAGGAAACUGCUCUGACCUUCAACACCAUCAUCAUCACCAUCACCAUCAUCAUCAGUAACCCACGUGAGCACGGUACAUCAGCUUUACACAAAAAAACACUCAGACAAACUAACUCCAACCUAGACACCCGAGACACUAAAGUUCUGCUGUGUGUGUGAUGUUUGUGUGACUCAGUGACUCCCCCUAUAGGCAGUGAGAUGGACAUGUGUCUCCACAGACUUCUGUAUAAGAGAGAUACCCUGCAUGACUCCUUACACACACACACACACACACACACACACACACACACAGCUAAUUCAUUGAUAUAAUUAUGUGAAUCUGUAUGUUGUGUAAAUAUAAAGUGUAUGACAUUAAUAUAUAUAUUUCUUCUCCUGCACACAAUGUGACCAGUACAGUAACACACAGUCUCCAUCACACACAGCAUGCAUAAACUCUUCACUCUGUGUGUGUGUGUAGUUAUUGUAAAACUGACACACCUGACACAGGUAUAUUAAACACUAGAACAAUGAGGAAUAAGGAGUGGGAGUCACAGGACCUGGAGCAUCUGGGGAUCAGGAUUGAGGGGCAGAUGAAGUGUCACUGGUGUUCGGUCCCAUGAGCGAGUCUGUCAUGUGUGUUUAUUUCCUCAUCUUGUUCAGUUCCCUCUUUACCGGCUGUCAGCUGCUAAAAUUCAGCAGCCAAUCAGAGCGUUUUGAACGAAUCAUCGUGAUUUGCAUAAACAUACGCUCAUGAUCAGAUAUCAGGUUUCACUAGAUGACAUCUGAUGAUUUAUUUAUUUUUAAUUAGUAAUGUUUUAAUUGCUUUUCUUUUAUUAGCAUGCUUUUUGUCACGCAGGAAUGUUCUCUUCAGAUGUUCACACCUUUACCUGUAUCAGCGAUCACCAUGGCAACAUUUAUUUGCACAAUUCUGCUUGUAUUGAAGGGGGCGGUUAAGGGGGCGGGGUUUAAAUUUUUUUUGUCUUUUAUAUUCCGUUCUGUGUAUGUGUUUGAUCGAAAUCCAUCCAGACACAUGUUACUUCUCUAGAUUAAAAAAUACUGUAUGUAUGAGAUCAGGUUACCAUGGCAACUUCCUGGAUGUAAAGCAUCUCACUGUACUGUACAUAUGUGUGUGUCACGACAAUAAAGGGUGUUUCUUUUUAAAUAAAUACGAAAACGUUUUAUUCGCUGUA